AUGGUCGUAUCGUGCGAAACUCGCGAAGAAAUUUUGAAGCAGUUUAAACGAAACAUCGCAGACUGUAAUCUGAAUGACGGUAGUGGUGAUGACAUUGUUAAAUGGCUCGUCGUGUCGAUUAUUGCGUUUGGAAAAGCUGACUGGAGGGGAAUGUUGCAAUCAGUCAGCAAACGAGAUUAUUUGCGAUAUCUUACGUACAUGGCGGAAAGCAAUUGCGCAACAAUGAGGAAGAAUUCAUUGCUGGCUGGGAAACCUGUAACCCAUCAGACAUUUCUUAUCGACAUGGAUGGGUUAUCCAUGAGACAAAUGUCUUUCAAACCAUUCAGAGAAGUUGGUUUUGAAGCAAUCAAAAUAUCCGAAGCUAACUAUCCUGAAAGCCUUCGUCGUGUAUUCAUAAUUAACGCACCCAAGGCUUUCACGUUCGUAUUUUCCAUGGUGAAACCCUUUCUGCAUCAGUCGACAUUGGAUAAAAUGAGCGUCUUUGGUUUCGACAAAAAUGAAUGGAGUACUGCUUUGUUGAAGGAGAUCGAUGCGGAUCAACUUCCAGUUCAUUACGGUGGCACGAUGACCGACUCGAAUGGAGAUGCGAAAUGUUCCAACAUGGUAAAUGUGGGAGGACCAGUGCCGUCCUCUUAUUACCUCGGCAUGGAGAAACCUCUUCCAAAGGAAGACAUGGCGUCUUUGAUAUUGUCUUGUGGCAUGAAAAAGAAAUUGGAAUUUAAAAUUGUUGCAGCUAAUUCAACGCUCAAGUUUGAAUUCAUGACGGAAGAAGGUGAUAUUGGUUUCCGAGUUUAUUACCUCGAAAAUGAAAAAGAUAAAGUGGACGUUAUCAACAACGUAAGAGUUGAAAGUCAUAUGAUAAUGGAAGAAGGGGAAAUCGUCUGUACAAGGCCAGCCCUUUAUGUGGUGCAAUUUGACAACAGCUACAGUUACCUCAGGUCUAAGACAAUCUGGUAUCGCAUUGUCGUUCAUCUUCCCUCGUUCGACAAGUACGACCAGUUCGGCCACCAAUAA